GAUUGGCGAAUCACUACAAUUUAUCAGCUCAAAGUGUGAAAGUCGGGUAGUUGGGUCUUCUCUGUGCACAAAAUACAGAGAAUUUUAAAAAAGACCAACACACAACAAAUAAUCGGUAGAAUAAAUUAUAAAAAAAAAAUUAAAUUAACAAAAAGUGAAAAACUAAAUUUUAAAAAAUUUAAAAUAAACAAAAUUAAUUUAACAAUACCAAAAAUAUUUAUUAAACAAAUAAACCACCGUUAAUUUUUAAAAAUAAAAAAUUAAAUAAAGAAAUAAGCAAAUUUUUUUUUAAGUUAAAGAAAAAAAAGUGCUAAAAUAUUUUUAAUAAAAAUAAAAAAAAAUUAUAAAACAAAUUAAACAAAAUGUGCCAUAAUUCUGUAUUAGAAAACGAACAAAUCGAAAAGUGCAUAGAAAAUGGUAUGCCCACAAAAAUUAUAAAAACUAUUAAAUCAACCAUGCGAAAAAGGGCAGCUAAUAAUGAAGAGUUGAAACAAAAACCUUUAAAAAUCGAAGCAUUUUCAAAUAAUUUUAAUAAUAACACAGACAACAUGGAACAAACUAAACCCCAACAGACAAAUACAACAUUUGUUUCGAAAUGUCCUUUUGGCCAUGGCAAAUUUUCAACACCUUCAACCACAUUUUUCUCCGCGCCCCUAACAACAACCAACAAUACAACAGCAGCAGCAGCCCCCCUAAUGGAUGAAUUUGACAACAGCAACAAUUUGUAUGAACGAUUUCCUCAAAUUUCACAAUUGAGCACAAAAAUCACAAAUUUGAGUGGCCACAAUGAUGGAAAUAUGUUGGCUAAGGGGAAAAUCUACAACGAUGACAUUUUGGCCAAAAGUACUCAGUUGACAAGAGAAUUUGCAUACAAAAUGCAACAGGCGAUAAGAACGUUACAAAGCAGCAAAAUUUACACAUUGCUGACCAAAACAGCACAACCUGCUCAUCUGGUGGCGAUUGCUAUUGUUACAUUUGUUUUGCUAACAGUUUGGCCGGAACUUAUUGAUGGUAGUAACGGCUCUGGUAGCCUACAUCAUCAUCAACAGCAUCCGCAAGAUCAUAUGUUGGGCUCGUCAAUGUCAAAUCAGAGACAAGAAAUGCCGGUUAAAAGAAAUGAUAUGCUAGCAUUGAUUGCUUACUUGGGUGCAUUUUCCACACAUUUCGGUGCUCAAAUAUGGAUGACCUUUGUGUCGGGGCUUUCAUUAUAUUUUUCAUUGCCUCGCCAUAUGUUUGGCCAAUGCCAACAGAUUUUAUUUCCCAAAUAUUUCGCCAUGAAUGCAGCGCUCAGUAUUACAAUGCUCAUACUUUAUGUAAAGUUUUUCAUCAGCACAUGGACUCUGCCACAGUGUAUACAAUUGGGUGCAUUGGCUCUGACGGGCGCUAUUGAAUUGUUGGUGAGAUUGUAUUUGGCGCCACCACUCUUACGUUUGAUGCAUGAAAAAUACAAGAUUGAGGGAACCAUUGGCAGUGGCAAGGAGAUUGGCAGUCUGGUACAGGGUGAUCUAAUCAAAUGUCCUCAUUAUCAGCGCAUACACAAGGCCUUUCGUCGCAUACACAUGACGGUGGCUAUAGGAAAUAUGAUAACAAUGGCGGCCAGCUGUUUACAGCUGUACAAUAUAGCGGGUCAACUACAAAUAUCUAUAGUUUAUUAAUUGCUUGAAUUAACAAAUAUUAUUAUUUGUAGAAUUAUGAAAUAAUUAACCUUAAACAAUGUAUCAAAUUAAGCAGAGCUUAGAAAUUAUGAAUUAAUUUAACAUAUUUUGUAACUUAAAAUGUUUAAUUUGCAUGAAUAAUAUUUAAUAAGCUCUGCUUUUAUUAGAAAUUGUACCUUAAAGUCUUAACAAAAUCCAAUUCUAUUUACAUACAACAAAAUUAACAUAUACCAAAAAACAUUCUGCAUUUUUAGAUAAGUAUUUUUUUUUUUAUUUACAUAUAUUCUUUAAAAUUGAAAGAUUUUCAAAUUCAUAAACUUUACACUCUACAAAAGAUUUAAUUUAAUAAACAUUGAAUUUUUGUCUUAAGUGUAAAUGCUAAAUUAUUAGCUGUAGUUAGUUAAAUUUAUAUAAUUUUUUUAUACAAAACUCUAUUUAAAAAAAACACAUUUCACUCAUCAAUAUCUGUCCCAAAAUUAAAGUAUUUAAAAAAAAACAUACCUACAUGUAAAUUUCCAUUAGUUUUUAAGUAUUUCUUUGUUUUGUACUCCUUAUAAGUAUUAUUCAUAAAGAAAACUAAAAUAGAUUUGCACCAACUCUCAUUAUUCCCAUCAAAUCAUUUACAAACAACAAUAAAACAUAAUUCGAAGAUCUGUGAUAUCUCAAAAUGUAAUCGAACGACAUGGAAUCAAAAGUAAAUUACAUAUAAGGCAUAUCAUUUUCAAAUUUAGCACAAACAAACCUAUACAUGUUUACAUAUGCACCCUACAUAUUUAUACAUAGUUAUAGUAAAUAUUUAACAAACAAACAAUAAACAAAACGAAUUUUGUAGCUAGUAAUUUAGUUAGUUAUAAAUAAUUUUUUUUUUUAUUAAAUGAACGAUUUAUAUUUUAAGUACAUUUGUAUGUAACAUUUGUGUUUUCUUCUUUAUUUAAAACCAAAUACAUAUUUAUUUUAUCUGAAAAACAAAACUAAAA